AAAAAGUUAAGAAAGAGACUCACAAAUCACAGCAGGCAAAGUGGGGUGUCGUCCCAUUUUAACCCCUCGAACUCUCAAACUCGUUCAAAGUUCAGGAGGCGUAAACGGAAAUGAUCCAAGGGCUGGAGUCCGUUGAAAGGUGAUGUAUGAAUCCAGCGGCAGGUCUGACAUAUUCGUCUUUUUUAAAAAACAAAAAUGAUUGCAUAUAUUUUGUGCACCGCGUUGGCAGUCUUGCCCUUACUGAUUUACUUCCGGAAUCCUUAUUUUUUGAAAGAUUUAACAUACACAUUUAUUUCCAUUUAUGUCGGUAUACGCAUGAGUAGAAUCAAGAAAAAGUUUUACAGUAUUUUAGAUCGUUUUCUAGACAAAGUGGCGGAGCAUCCGCAUAAGAAGUUCAUAGUUUACGAGGAAAGCUCCUACACGUACAGCCAAGCCGACAGAGAAAGCAACAAAGUGGCCAGGGCUCUGUUAACGCAUGCCCACCUCAAGCAGGGGGACACGGUAGCCCUCUUCUUGGGCAACGAGCCGUGGUUUGUAUGGAUGUGGCUCGCACUGUCCAAGCUGGGAUGCACAGCGUCCUUCCUCAACGUCAACAUAAGAUCCAAAUCCCUGCUGCACUGUUUCUCCUGCUGUGAAGCCAAAGUCCUGAUCGCUGGCGCUGACCUUCAAGGAGCAAUAGAGGAGGUGCUGCCCACUUUGAAGCAGCAGGGUAUCCUUGUGUUUAUCCUCCGUGAGCACUGUCAUGUGGACGGCAUCGAAAGCCUCUCUGACAAAAUUCAGAUGGAGUCAGACGAGCCCCUGUCCCGUCAGCUCAGGGCCAGCAUUAACAUCAAGAGUCCUGCGGUGUACAUCUACACAUCAGGAACCACAGGGCUUCCAAAAGCAGCUGUGAUUAACCAUGAGAGGGUAUGGAUGCCAGCUUUUGCCCUGACCUUUGCUGGUGUGCGCUCAGACGAUAUUGUCUACAUAUAUCUGCCUCUGUACCACACUGCUGGCUUUCUUAUGGGACUUUGUGGAGCUAUAGAAAAAGGCACCACUGUUGUUUUGAGAAGCAAGUUCUCUGCCUCCAACUUUUGGAAUGACUGUAGAAAGUACAAUGUGACUGUCAUCCAGUACAUAGGCGAGGUCAUGCGCUACCUCUGCAACACACCGAAGAGAGACAAUGACAAGGAUCAUAAGGUCCGACUGGCUGUAGGGAACGGAAUAAGGGAAGACACCUGGGUUGAGUUCCUGGAGCGAUUUGGGAACAUUUGUAUCCGUGAAUGCUACGGAGCAACUGAAGGGAAUGUUGGCUUUAUCAACUAUGGUGGGAAAGUUGGAGCUGUUGGCAGAGAACAUUUUCUCUACAAAAUGGCAUGCAAAUAUGCCCUCAUAAGGUUUGACACAGAAAAAGAGGAGCCAGUCAGAGACUCCAGAGGAUUUUGUGUUGAAGUCCCAAGAGGAGAAACUGGUCUGCUUGUGGCAAAGAUUGGAAAAAGAACACCCUUCAGUGGCUAUGCCAAGGGCAAGCAGCAGACAGACAAAAAGAAGCUAAGAGAUGUGUUCGAGAAGGGCGACAUGUACUUUAACAGUGGCGACCUUCUAAAGAUUGACGACGAGGGAUUCAUCUUCUUUCAAGACCGCAUUGGAGACACUUUCAGCAGUUGACUUUGUUGAAGAGGCUAAUGUCUAUGGUGUGAAGGUGCCAGGACACGAGGGAAGAAUUGGAAUGGCAGCGCUGAAACUGAAAGAAAAUAUGGACUUUGAUGGCAAAGCUUUAUAUCAGCAUGUCAAAAACUACUUGCCCAGCUACGCAAGACCACGCUUCGUUCGCAUACAGGAUGCAUUGGUAGUGACGAGCACCUUUAAGCAGAUGAAGGUGAAGCUGGCAGAGGAAGGUUUUAACCCUGCUCUCAUCAAGGAUCCUCUGUUUUACCUGGAAGACAAUAAGGGCUACAUACCCAUGACUCAGGAGUUAUUCAACUGCAUUGCAGAAGGAAGACUCAGGCUUUAAACAAGUUCAGCGCUGAUUUUUUUAUUGUCAGUCUCAAAAACAUUAGUGUUGAUUUAUGACAAACAACAUUUACAUUGUGGAUAUACAAACAUAUAAUGGCAUGCAUUUCAUUUUUUUAUAUUUCAACUGUUUAGUCUGAAAUACUUUUUUUUUUAAAUGAUUUUUAUAUGAGUAAAUCCCAUAUCGCUGACACUGUUAUUUGGUGACUGUGUUGGUUGACUGUGUGCUGAAGUAAACUGCUUAUCAAUCAAUAGGUGAAUUAUUGUGUGGAUGUGAGGUACACUUUGUGCUGGUUUUGGGCUCGUCAGAGGAGUUUAGGAGCAGUGGAAGUUUCCAGUGGUGUAGGAGGGGGGGCUGUGUUUGUUACAGCAGAGGAAGACAUACAGUUCACUCUUCUGCAGGUGGAGGGUAAGUGCUUUUGAGCUGCUGGAGAAACCUUCAGAGGGCAGCAGAGCUGGUGCCGACCACACUGCACCCACUGGUUACAGAAGCUGGGAAUGUAUGAAAGUAUUGUUGCAAAAUAUGAGAAGUUGUAGAAUAAAAAGGAACAAUUUGUAGAAAAAA